CCCAGAACCAUCUGCCCGUCCCGGGGGUGCGGCCGGAGAACCUCGUCCCGCCCUCCCCGGGGCGUGAUCCCCCGGAGCCCGUCCCCGUAGCACCGGGCACCGAUCACCAUGGCCGUGAGGAUCGCCAAGGUGGGGGAACAGGGACAGCGGGGGUCCUUGUGUCCGCACCGGAGCUGGCGGUGCGGGGGUCCCGGUACCGGGGUGCGGGAGAAGCGGUGCUGGGGUGUCAGUGCCAGUGCGGGAGAAGCGGUGCUGGGGGUGUCAGUGCCGGUGCGGGGGUCCCGGUACCGGGAUGAGGGAGAAGCGGUGCUGGGGGUGUCAGUGCCGGUGCGGGGGUCCCGGUACCGGGAUGCGGGGGAGGCAGUACCGGCGUGGAGGGUUUUCGGUGCCGGGGGUGCCAAACCCUCCCUGCGCACUCCGGUUUCGUUUCCCCGACGGGGACCGUUCCGCGUCAGGGCGUGGUCUGUAGUGGCCGCACCCAAGAGGCGCGUCCAUGAAGGAGACCCCCCCCCCAUAAGGGCGUAUUCCAUGGAAACCACCGCCCACAAAGGCGUGGUCCAUGGGGAAUCCCCGCCCAUCGAGGUGUGUCCCACGUGCUGCCCCGCCCAGGACGAGCCUACGGAGGGGUGUUUUGGGGUGCAGCCCCGUCCCUGGAGGCGUGUCCCGGACGGCCCCAGUCACCCCUCACCCGUCCCGCAGGAGCUGGAGGAGGUGCGGAGCUGGAAGGGGGCCCGCGACGUGCGGCCGCUGGACCGGAACGUGCGGCGCUGGGAGGGGCUGCUGCUACCCAACACCCCCCCGUACAACGCGGGUGCCUUCCGCUUCGAGCUGACCUUCUCCCCGUACCACCCGCUGGAGCCCCCCCGUGCCACCCUCCGCACCCCCAUCUACCAUCCCGGUGUGGACCCCGAGGGUCGCGUCUGCCAGCCCCUCACCACCCACGAGCACUGGGCACCCACCACCCGCGCCGUCCAAGUGCUGCAGGACCUGCUGCUGCUGCUGGACAGCCCCGACACCCAGCGGGUGCUGCGGCCGGACCUGGCCCGGGAGCUGCAGGAGCACCCCGAGGAGUUCCGGCGCCGGGCACAGGAACACACCCGGCUCCACGCCGAGCCGCGCCCCGAGCCCCCCGGCCCCUGAGCCCCCCACCCGGGGGCACCUCGGCUUCCCCUCUCCUUCCCUAUGCCAGCCGGGGCUGGCCCUGGCAUCACCCCUGCCUCGGUGCUGGACCUUGGGCAUCGGGGGCCCCUCUGGCACCGUGAAGGGGGUCCUGCCCCCCCACAAGAGCUGGCCCCCCACAAGAUCUGCCCCCCCCCGUUCGUAAGGCAAUAAAUUUGCUCCAGCACCUG